UUAUGAGGCCGCGGGGAGCGGGCUUUUUGACGUCGUCUCCUCGCAGCCGGAGCUCUAGCUUCUUCUCUGUUUGGAGCCCUCCCCUUCGAUCGCCGGGGUGGAGGGAAGCGAUAGGGUCACGAGCGUGGCGUGGACGAAGUUUGUGCUUCGGGACGAUCCGAGAGAGCUUCCCCGCCACCCGCAGCUCCUCAGAAGCGGUGCUUGUAGGAAGCGACUCAGUAUUCAUUCCAACACGUAUUUUAUACUGGCUUGCUGGACUUUUCUUCUUCACCUUCCACUUGGCCCUCAGCAGCAAGUGUUGCAGCUCUUUUAUUGAAAGUUCUCUGCACAUGGGACUGAAACAACUUAUCUAAAUGAAUUAUUUUUGCUAUAAGAAUAACAGUAACAUUCCACAUUGAUUUUGAAACGCUUACAUUGGAAAUUCAGUUUAAAGUGGAAGACUAAGAGGGAAUGAAAAGAAGCAAAAAUGAAUUCUGGAUCUAGAUAUGAAAGGAAGGAAGCUUACCAUACUCGCCAGAGAAGUGCCUCCCCAGAAGACAGGGAUACGUUCAUGGAGCGUAAGAGGUCUCCAUCACCCCAAAGCAAAGGCUAUUUGGAACACAGAAGAUCUGACAGAGAACAUUCGGGAAGGGGGCAUUACGAUGACAGAUACCCAGAACCAAGAGGAAGAGAAAGACAGGAGAGAGAGAGAGAAUCUGAUUGGAAGAAGCACAGGAAGUCCCGGUCACCUGAUAGGAAAAACAAUAUGGAGAAAUCCGGAGUACAGAGUCCUCUUUCACGUGAGGAGCCCCCUCCAAAGAAAAAGAAAGAGGAGGUGGAUCCAAUCCUUACCCGUACUGGCGGGGCAUACAUUCCUCCAGCAAAGCUCAGGAUGAUGCAGGCACAAAUCACUGAUAAAAAUAGCUUAGCCUAUCAGAGAAUGAGUUGGGAAGCCCUGAAGAAGUCCAUCAACGGUCUCAUCAACAAAGUGAACGUUUCAAACAUUAGAAAUAUUAUAAGUGAACUUCUUCAAGAAAACAUUGUGAGAGGCAGGGGAUUACUAGCAAGAUCAAUUUUGCAGGCCCAGAGUGCUUCCCCCAUCUUUACUCAUGUAUACGCGGCAGUUGUAGCAAUCAUCAAUUCCAAGUUUCCAAAUAUUGGGGAAUUGAUUCUCAAGAGGCUCAUUUUAAAUUUUCGCAAAGGAUACCGAAGAAAUGAUAAGCAACUGUGCCUGACAGCUUCCAAGUUUGUGGCACAUCUUAUGAAUCAGAAUGUGGCUCAUGAGGUUUUAUGUUUGGAAAUGCUCACGUUGCUCCUGGAAAGACCUACAGAUGAUAGCAUUGAAGUAUCAAUUGGAUUUCUAAAGGAUUGUGGCCUCAAGUUAACAGAAGUGUCCCCUAGAGGUAUUAACGCCAUCUUUGACCGCCUUCGCCAUGUCCUUCAUGAAUCUGAAACUGACAAGCGUGUCCAAUACAUGAUUGAAGUCAUGUUUGCCGUGCGCAAAGAUGGAUUCAAAGAUCACCCAGUAAUUCCAGAGGGACUUGAUCUUGUGGAGGAGGAGGAUCAAUUUACCCACAUGUUACCUUUGGAAGAUGAGUAUAAUCCAGAUGACAUUCUCAACGUCUUCAAAAUGGACCCUGAAUUUAUGGACAACGAAGAGAAAUACAAAACUCUGAAAAAAGAAAUCCUUGAUGAAGGUGACAGUGACUCAGAAGCUGAUCAGGAUGCUGGUAGUAGUGAAGAGGAGGAUGAGGAAGAACGAGAGGAAGAAGAGGAGGAUGAAGAAGGACAAAAGGUUACCAUCCAUGACAAAACGGAAAUUAACUUGGUUUCUUUCCGGCGAACUAUUUACCUUGCAAUUCAGUCAAGUUUAGAUUUUGAGGAAUGUGCCCAUAAAUUGCUGAAGAUGGAUUUUCCUGACAGCCAAACAAAAGAACUAUGCAACAUGAUACUUGAUUGUUGUGCUCAGCAAAGAACAUAUGAAAAAUUCUUUGGUUUACUAGCUGGGCGCUUCUGUAUGUUGAAAAAAGAAUACAUGGAAUCCUUUGAAGCAAUUUUCAAAGAGCAGUAUGAUACUAUACAUCGGUUGGAAACGAACAAGUUGAGGAACGUUGCCAAGAUGUUCGCUCAUCUUUUAUACACAGAUUCGCUUCCAUGGAGUGUCCUUGAAUGCAUAUCUCUAAGUGAAGAAACUACAACAUCAUCCAGUAGAAUUUUUGUUAAAAUAUUCUUCCAAGAGCUUAGUGAAUAUAUGGGACUUCCUAAUCUUAAUGCAAGGUUGAAAGAUGAAACCCUGCUACCGUUCUUUGAAGGAUUAUUACCACGUGACAAUCCAAGAAAUACUAGAUUUGCAAUCAAUUUCUUCACUUCAAUUGGCCUUGGAGGAUUGACCGAUGAAUUACGGGAGCACCUGAAAAAUGCACCAAAAAUAAUAAUGACUCAGAAGCAGGAUGUGGAGUCAUCUGAUUCCUCUUCAGAAUCAGAUACAUCUGAUUCGGAGGAGGAUUCCAGCAGCAGUGAGAGCUCAGGAUCCUCUAGUGGGAAUGAAUCCAGUUCUGACAAUUUAGACAGCAGCGGCUCAGAGAUUAUGGAUCGCUGGUUGAAAUCUGGAACUACUAAACCGAAAGAAAGUAAUGAUUGUAAUAGCAAUCAACGAACAGGAAAUAAUGAAAUUAACGACGAAUCAAUUUCAAUUCUGAAAGAACCUGUUAAGAAAAAAGCAAGGAAAACUCGCAAGUACGACAAAGAAUAUCUUAAAUUUGGAUUCUCAUGGACUGGAGAUGAAAAUGAGCCUAUUCCACUUUGUGUCAUUUGUUUUGAAAAUCUAACAAAUGAAAGCAUGAAACCAUCCAACUUAAAGCGCCAUUUUGAGACAAACCAUAAUCAGUACAAAGAUAAACCCAUAGAUUUUUUUGAAAAUAAACUUAAGGGUUUAAAUCAGUCUCAAAAAGUAAUGCAGGGUUUGACGGGAGGUGACAAUCAAAAAAUACUAGAAGCUUCAUAUCGCGUGUCACUUUUAAUUGCCAAGUGUAGUGCAGCGGAAACCAUUGGCGAAAUUUUAAUCAAGCCUGCAGCCAAGAUAAUGGCAGAAGUAAUGAUAGGAGAUAGAGCGAAACAAACUUUUGACCACGUUCCUCUCUCAAAUAAUACAAUUCAUCGACGAAUCAUUGAUAUGUCUAAUGUAAAACAGAUGUUAUUAUCUGAUAUUUCUCAAAGUCGUUAUUAUGCAUUGCAAGUCGAUGAGUCCAUCGACAUUGCGAAUUUUGCAAAUCUUAUGGCGUUUGUUAGAUACGAAAAAAAUCAAGAAAUUCAUGACGACUUUUUAUUUUGCCAGCCUUUAUUAGGUCACACAACAGGAGAAGAUAUCUUUAAUGUUAUGAAUACAUUUAUGCAAGAGAACAAAAUUGAUUGGAAUAGAUGUGUUGGAAUAAGCACAGAUGGAGCAAAAAGUAUGGUCGGAAUUAAUAAAGGACUCGUUGCAAGAAUUCAAAAUGUUGCUCCAAAUGUCAUAUCCACACAUUGUUGCAUACACAGAGAGGCUUUGGCAACACAUAAGAUGCCCGCUGAUCUACAGAAAGUUCUGGAUGAAAGCGUGAAAAUCAUUAACUACAUUAAAAGCCGCCCUUUGAAUGCACGACUUUUUUCGCAAAUAUGUGAAGAAAUGGGAAGUAGUCAUACCCAGCUGCUUUUUCAUACCGAUGUUCGUUGGCUAUCUCGGGGAAAAAUUCUAAACCGAUUGUUCGAACUUAGACAUGAACUUCAAUGCUUUCUUAAUGAUAGAUUUGAGUUGAGAAAUUGUUUACAUGACUGGAAAUGGCUUUGUAAACUAGCAUACUUAGCAGAUAUAUUCUCUGUUUUAAAUUGCCUCAACUUAUCGUUACAAGGCAAAGAAAUUUCAUUGUUUCACGUUCAAGAUAAAGUGAACGCUACCAUCGCAAAACUAAAUUUAUGGCAAAAGAGAGUUGGUAAUGGAGAAGUAGACUCAUUUCCCUCUCUUCAUGAGUUUAUAACAAGUUCGGUUACUAAAAUUGAGGCUGAUACUUUGAAAUGCAUAAUACAGCAUUUGGAGAGUUUGCAAGUUGGCUUGAAAAACUAUUUCCCUGAUUUAAACGAAAAUAUUGAAUGGAUAAGAUAUCCGUUCAACAUUAACACAACAUCCAUGCCAGAAGGAUUGUCGCAUGCGGAAGAAGAGCAAUUGUUGGAGUUAGCUUCGGACGGAUUCUUGAGAAAUAAACAUAAGGAGUGUACUUUAACAUCAUUCUGGUUACAAAUGCAACAUGUGUAUCCAGUUUUAACAGAAAAAGUCCUGAAAUACAUCUUGCCUUUUCCAACUUCAUAUUUAUGCGAAAUUGCUUUUUCUGCAUUGGUAGACAUUAAAUCGAAAAAAAGGAACAGACUAUUGGAUGUGGAACCGGAUCUCAGAUUAAAAUUAACAACCAGGGAACCAAAUUAUGAUGAUCUGUCAUCUCAACAUAAACAAUUUCAUCCUUCUUAUUGAAUCAAAUAAAUGUUCUUUAUAAUAUAACUUUCGUUUAUUUUGUGUAUGUACAAAAAAAGAAAAAAUAAAUAUAUUUUGAUUUUUAUUAAA